GCAUACUCGAAAUUACAAGUUUCGGUCACGCUGCAGCACUGUGAAGCAAUUUUUUUUUCGCAUUAUUCAUUUUUAGACAAAAACUUGCAAAAUGUUGGUGCGAUUGGGCAAAGUGGCAACCUAUUAAAUAGGCAACGAGUCAGGCACACGCAAGCGAAUUCCCUUGUUCGCCCUCCCCCACCCCACAAAACGGUUAGUAAUAUACUGCGACGGGAGCUGUGUGCAGUGCAACACAACAAAAAAAAGGAAAAAAGCUCAAUACUCGCCCUGGCAAGAAGAAGCAGCAGAGGCGGCGCGUAGUAAAAAAAGCAAAAAAGAAGCGAAUCGUCGACAAUACAAAACUUCAGCUAUGGAGAGUCCUUGUGAGUCGGAGAGUUCACUAGAUGGCGGCACCAUGCUGCCUCCAAGUCCCGUAUCCCGGGAGCAGCUACAGAAGCGCAUCGAGUCGCUCACCCAGCAAAACAAAGUGCUCAAAGCAGAGCUGGAUACGUCGAAGACUAAAUUUAAGGUGGUGCAGGAAGAGAAUCGUUUUCUCAAACAGGCCUCGGUCAUAAUCCAAGCCAAGGCGGAACAGGAGGAGGAAUAUAUUUCAAACACACUGCUAAAGAAGAUCCAAGCACUCAAGAAGGAGAAGGAAACGCUGGCGCAUCACUAUGAACGCGAGGAGGAAUGCCUCACUAAUGAUUUGUCGCGCAAACUCGACCAGCUGCGCCAGGAAAAGUGCAAGCUGGAGCAAACGCUCGAGCAGGAACAGGAGUGUCUGGUCAACAAGUUGAUGCGUAAAAUUGAGAAACUCCAGGCGGAGACGGAUAAUAAACAAACGAAUUUGGAACAGCUGCGACGCGAAAUGGUUGAGCUGGAAAAUACACUCGAACAGGAGCAGGAGGCGCUCGUGAAUAAGCUGUGGAAGCGCAUGGAUAAGCUGGAGACAGAAAAGCGCUCGCUGCAAAUCAAAUUGGAUCAACCGGUGUCGGAUCCAACAACGCCACGUGAUAUCACCAAUAAUGCCAAUGGCGACACGGCCACUAAUCUGAGUGCGCACAUACAAACGUUGCGCUCAGAAGUGUUGCGUCUGCGCGCCAAUCUUGCAACCGCCCAAAAGGAGGAGAAAUCCUAUCGCGAGGAGAAUGCACGACUACAGCGUAAACUGAAACAGGAAGUGGAACGACGCGAGGCGUUGUGUCGCCAUCUCUCCGAAUCGGAAUCAUCGCUAGAAAUGGAUGAGGAGCGUUUCUACAAUGAGAAUCUAAUGGCGGGUGGCUCCACCACAGCUGCUGCUGCGGCUGCGGCAGCCGCUGCAAAUGCGCAAAGACAGCGCACGAUCAGCAGUCCAGUGUCGCACAGUCCAUCGAGCAGUCGUCCACUCAGUCCUGGAACGGCGGGACAAAAUCGCUGCUAUGCCUGCGGCCAACUUGUGAAUCGUCGCGCCAGCGAGCGCUUCAUUAAGCCAGCACUGCCUACGCCCAUGCUGGGUCUAAACACUUCCGCACCCAAUGUGCUAACCACAACAAAUCCAUUGCUGGCCACUGGUUCCGCUGCCAUUUACGGGGGCAGUGCAGCUUCAACUGGCGGUGGCGGUGGAAUGGCUGGGUUUCUAUCGAAUCUGAGCAGCGAACGACUGAGCUUAGGUGCUGCUGCGGCAGCUGGACUGCCUCAAUCAGCGGGCGCCGCUGGCACUUUUCUAGCGGGCGGCAUCUUAUCACUAAACAACCAGCAGCUAACUGGCGGAGGAGGCGGUGGCGGUACAUCGAGCAGCGCUUCAUCGUCGUCGUCCAACUUGAUGUUGAUGAACAAUUCGUCCAGCGGCAAUUUGAUCAACAACAGCAGCAGCAACUCUUCGCUGUCGGCCUUUACGCCCACCAAUCAGCCAAGUGCAGCGGCCACGGCGUUUAUUCAGCCAGCCAGUCCCAUGGAUACUUCCACAUGCAAGGAAUAGGAAUAUAUAUAGAUAGCAUUGCUAUCAAACACACACAUCUUUUCUCUCCCCUCACACACACAAACACGCCCCCACACACAUACACAUACUCUCAAGCACACACAAAACACACAAAUUAUGCACGCAAGAAAAACCAACCAGUUUAACGAAAGUAUAAAACAUUAAAACCCCCUAUUAAUAUAAGGCUUCUCUCUCUAUCACUCUAUGGAGGCGACUCAAAGUCCCAUCAUUUAUUUCUCUAUUUGUAAUUUGAUAUCAAAAUCUCUUAAAAGUUAUUGUGCGACACUUUCAAAAUAUUAUUAUAUAUACUAUCUCGGGAAUUCCUAGACCGACGUGCGCACUAAUCGAUGCAGGAGUUACGAAUAUUUAGCGCUAAUCUAUAUAUAUAUAUACUAAGAAUGAAGCGAUCUUUUUUUGUUUGUUUACUUCGGUUCCAAUUAAAUUAAACAAAUUGCAACAAAACACAAAGCAAAAGAAAAAAAAAAACAAUACGACAUCGUAUGUAAACCGAUUGCCCACUUUUUCCUCGCAUGU